CACCCAUACACACCCGCCCUUCACCCAUACACACCCACCCUUCACCCAUACACACUCACCCUACAACCAAACACACUCACCCUCCACCCACUAAAACCACCCAAAAUAAUCCACAUACACCCAUCGUUACUGGUCAGCCUCCACCCACAGCCUCUCAUUCUCCAUCCACCCACAGCACCAACCUUCCACCCACACCCAUACCCACACCCACACCCACACCCACACCCACACCCAUACACCAUCUAACAGGUCCCUGCUUUGAUGUCAAGUUAUGUAGGAGAGUGAACAGCAUGUGGAAGGCGCUGCAGGAGGUGGGUCAUCUGUCUGAGACCUUCCGUGUGGGGGAGGUGGUGGAGGGGCUGACCAGGUGUGGGAGGAGAGGCGCAGGUGACCAGGUUAACACUACAGUGGCCGCCCUCCUCACCAGCGUCACCCAUAACCUCCACACACUGCUUGAUCACUACCUAGAGACGGCUGUUGACCAGAUAAAACCGAGGUUAAGGGAUGCUGUGGAGAAGUCCUGCGAGGAAGGACGAGGGACACCCCUGGUGGAGGAUACACUGAGUCCUACACUUACACUCCUGCAGGAACACCUACAGCCACCGUCACUUCGUCAGCGUCUUCUUCUGCGACUGUGGGACGCCGUGUUGGUGCUGUUCAUGGUAGUAGUCAGUAAUAAGAAGAAAGCUGUUGAGUAUUACGAGGCUGUGUUAAGUGUGCUUGACUUGACCUUUCUUCUCCUGACGCGGCGUGACCUUAACCCUACUGCUGCCACUACUCCAGGGUACACAUCACUGAAGGAGGCACUGGAGGAGCAGGCAGUAAGCACCCCAGCACUCAUAGUUCAGUACUACCGGACCAGACACGCCCACCUGACGCAUUACCAACACCCCACCACCGCUCGCCUCCUCAUCAGGGCAUUCUACAGUCAACCAGGGCGCCUCACUCUACGUGUUCUCGAGGCUAGGGAUAUACCACCAAGAAGGGAGAGUUCUACAUCUUCCUGUUGCUCUUCUUCCUCGUCAUCUUCCUCCUCGUCUUCCUCCUCGUCAUCUCCCAGGUCACAGCCUCAGUGUUACGUGGUGGUUCAGGUAGUGCCAGGUCAUAGGUUCCCCAGUGCUGCUAUCUGUAAGACCUGGAGCACCAAGGCUUAUCCUGCCACCUUCCAUGAGACCUUCCAGUUCCCCACAGGUGUAGUGAGCGGCGACAGCAGUGGGUGGGUACAGGUGUCACUGAUGCAAGGACCUACCUGCAGUGGGCGCCUGCUGGGGGAAGGUCUUCUGCCCCUCACUAACCUCCCAUACGUCGACUCACCUGAGCUGCAAAAUACCUGUCUCAGACUAACAGCGCCGCCCGUCCAUCGUGGAGAGACGGGUUACAGAUGCUUGACUGCUCUUCGUUGCCGGACGAAGGAUGAGAUGGCGAUCUCCUUCCUCAAGACCCUGGAGAAGUACCACCCGGAGGCCAGUGUGUGAGGUAUUACCUACUUGGAGGCCAAAGAGUGAGAGACCCACCCCUACCAAAGACUCUGACAGACACACGGACUAGAGGGUAUGCCCGUAGUGAUCAUAAUAAAAGUAGUAUUGUGAUUAAGA